AUCCCUUUUCAACUGAAUAAUAAUAAUCUUACGAUAGUCGCUGUUUGAAGCAGCGUACUUGUAUAAAUCAAUUUUUAUUCUCUUCGUGAAAAAACAGUGAAAAACCCUCCCAGUGUGUGAAAUUGUUGUGGGAUUGUGAAAAUGAAGAAAUCCGGUGCAGAUAUGUCAUCUUCAUGGAAUAUAUCGCACAGUUCGACUUCCCUGAAGAGUCGCACAACAUAUUCCGGGAGCGGAGGCGCCACACCCGGUGGUUCUUCUGUUCCAUGUGAACGGACAGAGAAUUCCCUCAAUUUGGACUUUACACCCUUCGAGACGAUCCACAAGUGGAAGCGGAUGCUGGAGUGCGAUGAAUUCGUGGGGGCGCGUCGCAGCAAGCACACGGUGGUUGCGUACAAGGAGGCAAUUUAUGUUUUUGGCGGAGACAACGGGAAGAUUAUGCUGAACGACCUCAUAAGGUUCGAUGUGAAGGAGAAGUGCUGGAGUAGGGCAUUCUACACGGGCAUACCCCCCGCCCCGCGGUACCAUCACUCAGCUGUCGUCCACGGGAGUUCCAUGUUCAUCUUUGGUGGCUACACCGGAGACAUUCACUCCAAUUCCAAUCUCACAAAUAAGAAUGAUCUGUUUGAGUACAAAUUCUCAUCUGGCUACUGGGUUGAGUGGAAAUUCGUUGGGAGGACUCCGGUACCGCGUUCAGCCCAUGGGGCAGCCGUGUAUGAUAAUAAGUUGUGGAUUUAUGCUGGGUACGAUGGGAAUGCCAGGCUCAAUGAUAUGUGGACAAUCUCCCUCACGGGAGACACGAAGCAAUGGGAGGAAAUUGAGCAGAAGGGGGAUCGUCCACCGACUUGCUGCAACUUCCCCGUCGCUGUUGCCCGGGGGUGCAUGUACGUCUUUUCCGGACAGAGUGGUUUGCAGAUCACAAAUGCUCUGUUUGAGUUCAAUUUCAAGACAAAGGCAUGGCGGAGGAUUAGCAAUGAGCACAUCCUCCGUGGGGCACCACCACCACCGGCCAGACGGUAUGGGCACACAAUGGUUCACCACGAUCGCUUCCUGUACGUGUUUGGGGGAUCAGCUGAUUCAACUCUACCGAAUGAUCUGCACUGCUACGAUGUGGAUUCCCAGGUGUGGAGUAUCCUCAUUCCAGAAGCUGAUUCCCAGGUGCCAACGGGUCGGGUGUUUCAUGCUAGUGCCGUGAUUGGGGAUGCCAUGUACAUCUUUGGUGGGACUGUGGACAACAAUGUUCGCAGUGGCGAUAUGUAUCGCUUCCAGUUCUCCUCCUACCCACGUUGCACGCUCCAGGAUGACUUUGGGAAAUUCCUCUCUGAGCGCCAAUUCUGCGAUGUGCAAUUUAUCGUGGGAACGGAUGAGGUGAAGAUCACGGCGCACGUUGCAAUGAUUGCAGCACGUAGUCAGUUCCUGCGGACAAAGAUUCUCGCAGCACGUGAUGCGAGGAAUCAGCAUUUUGAGAAGAUUUUCGGCACAACUGAAGUGCCAUUUGCUGAGCGUCAAAUGCUGGAGGUGAAGCUCCCGGGGGCUGUUCCGGAAGCAUUCGAAAUGGUCCUCAAUUACAUCUACACGGAUCGCAUUGACUUCCGUGAUCCCUUUUCCAACAAAAUUGUCCUCCUCAUGAUGGAUAUUUAUCAGCUUGCUGUGCAAUUCUUCAUUCCACGCCUGGAGCAGGUGUGCAUUCAGUACUUGGAGUUUAAGAUCUCCAAGAGUAACGUCCUGGAUGCUCUCUUCAAUUCGGACAAGAUGAAAUUGACCGUCAUCAAGGACUACUGCUUGGGCUUUAUUGUCAAGGAGGACAACUUCUAUGAUAUUGUCAUGUCGCAGGAUUUUGCAGCACUCGAGAAGGCACUCAUGGUGGAGGUAAUCCGCAAGAGACUCAACCCUGGGAAGCCAACAGUUGACAUGAAGAUUGAUAAGAAUGUCGGGACAACUCUUGAAAGCGAUAUGGCGGUAUUCUUGAAGACUGGUGGGGAAUUUUGCGAUAUUAAUCUCGUUCUCGAGGGGAAUGUCAUUCCUGCCCACAAAUCCAUUCUUGCUGCACGCUGUUCCUACUUCCAAGCCAUGUUCCGGUCAUUUAUGCCAUCGGAUAACACUGUAAACAUUCAAAUUGGAGACAUUAGUCCCUCAAGGGAGGCAUUCAAUUCCCUGCUGCGCUACAUCUACUAUGGCGACACAAAAAUGCCCCCGGAGGAUUCCCUGUACCUAUUCCAAGCUCCAUGCUUCUAUGGCUUCACAAACAAUCGCCUGCAGGCCUUCUGCAAGCACAACUUGGAGCAUAACAUCACCUUUGACAAUGUCCUGCAGAUCCUGGAGGCGUCUGAUCGGAUGAAUGUACCGGAUAUCAAGAAUUACGCCCUCAGGAUGAUUGUGCAUGAUUUCACGCAGGUGGCACGUCUACCGAAGAUGCGUAUGCUGAGUCGGGAUCUCCUGCUGGACGUUAUAAUGGCCAUGGCUGACAUUUUGGGGGACAUCCGGGUGAAUCAUCAGGAUCUCACGUCGAUUAGUAUUCACAGUGAUAUAUGAAAGUUGGCUUUUCCCAUUCUCAGUAUCCUCCUUGCCUGGGUCCGCAACAAUGAUUUGGGUUGAAUGAAAAAAAAAAGCAGAAAAUUAUGCCAAAGUUUUAUCUCUCCUCAAUCCAUCCCCAUUUCCCGACUUCCUGUGAUAUCCCCUCUCUCUUCCUUUUUGUUCCCUCUGCAAAUGGGAAUUUUGCAGUUGUUGUAAAACUGUUAUAUUUAAUGUUAAUAUUAUAUAAAUGUCUAAAAAAUAAUAAAAUAUAUAUUUAGUAGUGAGCAAAAAAUAAAA